GCAGUCGAAAAGAGAGGAGCGCUCGGAGGAGUCGCGGUGUCCGAGAGCUGCGGCACGAAUUCGAUAACAUCGCCUUGUAAUAAUUUUUGAUCCGCACGUUUCCGUGCUUGGGAGGCGACAGAACGCGUUUCUCGAGAAAUCGAGACUCAACAAAACUACGAGAGGUGGCGCAAUCACUAUCGAACUCCACUUCGCCGCAGCGGCGGUUCGAAUUUGCACUCUCUUCCUCCUCCCGCCCCUCUCCUCCCCGUCAGCCCCGUUGCCCGCGGCGGUCGCAACGUGCCUGCUGAUUGACGCGAGUGUAUGUGCGCGUGCGAUUCGCGUCCUGACCCUCGAGACUGUCGAGAACGAUCGAGCGCAAGUAACAUGAAGUGGUAGGGACGACGGUUGAACCGUGUUCGCGCACAGCAGAUUGCAAGGGAAGUGGGUGAAAAGCGAGAGGAAGACGGGAAGCUCGACAACAUCGUCAGCGGGAAUAGCAAAGAGACGACGACGACGACGACGACGACGACGACAAAGACGGCAACGACAAAACGAUAGACGAAGGAAGAGGGUGACUGCUGACCAUGUCGCACGCACGUCUGCGAGGCGCCGCUAUCGUCGGUGGCUGGUCGUCGAGAACGUCGACGGCGGCGGCGGCGGCGAGGAGACAAACCGGCGGUUGCGCUGGCGGGGCGUUAAUCGGCCGAGGAGUAGGGACAACGGCAGUGGGUAGGCGCGCCGUUGGCAGACCACCGGCGGCGUCCCGCUCGCCGAUGUUGCUCCAACCGUUUAUUUCCUGUCGCGGCAUGGCGAGCACCGAAUCCAGCAAGGUCCUCACCGGGGACAACGUCUUCGAGAACCUGCGCAGGAUGGAGUACGCGGUGCGGGGGCCGCUGCUCCUCAGGGCGCUGGAGAUCGAGAAGGAGCUGCAAAAGGGCGUGAAGAAACCUUUCAAAGAGGUGAUCAAGGCCAACGUGGGAGACGCCCAUGCGAUGGGCCAGCAGCCCAUCACGUUUUUGCGGCAGGUACUGACCCUGACGGUUUCCCCGACUCUGUUGGACGACCCGAGUUAUCCGGAGGACGCCAAGGCACGAGCGAGAACGGUUCUUCAUGGUUGCAAAGGUGGCAGCGUGGGCUCGUAUUCGGAGUCCGCUGGCAUCGAAUGCAUCCGCAAACACGUCGCCCAGUACAUUCAGAACCGUGACGGUAUUCCCUGCGACUAUCACAACAUCAUCUUGUCAAACGGCGCUUCCGACGGCAUCAAGUCAUUCCUGAAAUUGUUCAACGAAAAGAUCAACGGCAAACCAUCCGGUGUGUUGGUGCCGAUCCCGCAGUAUCCUCUGUACUCUGCGACACUCGCGGAGUUUGGCCUCGUUCAGAUCGGAUAUUACCUCGACGAAGACAACAAAUGGUCCUUGGACAUAAACGAACUGGGACAAGCCCUGAAAAAAUCCAAAGAAAAGUGUAAUCCUCGAGUAUUGGUGGCAAUAAAUCCGGGUAACCCGACCGGACAGGUAUUGACGCGCUCAAACAUCGAGGAUAUCAUUCGCUUCGCCCACAAGAAUCACCUCUUCUUACUCGCCGAUGAGGUCUACCAAGAUAAUAUAUAUGACAAAGAUAGCGCAUUCCAUUCUUUCAAGAAGGUCAUGAUGGAAAUGGGUGAGCCAUACUCGAAGAUGGAGCUCGCAUCGUUCAUGUCUAUUUCAAAAGGCUACAUGGGCGAGUGCGGUAUCCGUGGUGGUUAUGGUGAGAUCAUCAACAUGGAUCCGCAAGUAAUGACAAUUUUACUGAAAUCGAUCUCCACGAUGCUGUGCCCUACCGUUCUCGGCCAGGUCGCGAUGGAUGUCGUGGUGAAUCCGCCACAACCGAACGAACCGUCGUAUCAGCUAUUUCAAAAGGAAAAGGCACAUACGCUGCGAUCUCUCGCUGAGAGGUCGCAGCUUGUCGUUGAUACACUCAACAGUAUUCCCGGAUUUAAGGCGAAUCCGGCAAUGGGUGCGAUGUACGUUUUUCCGCGCUUCGAAUUGCCGCCGAAAGCAAUCGAGGCAGCAAAAGCGAAGGGCCAGGAGCCAGAUGUUUUCUACGCGUUCAAGCUGCUGGAAUCCACCGGGAUCUGCGUGAUCGCCGGCUCAGGCUUCGGCCAGAAACCCGGCACAUACCACUUCAGGACCACUAUCUUGCCACAGAAGGAUAAAAUCAAAACAAUGCUCGAAAGUCUGAAGCAGUUUCAUGUGAAAUUCCUCAAGGAGUACAGCUAA